UCACUGAGGUGACGCGGGCACGCUCGGGAUCGGUGCGCGGCUGUCACUCUGCGUGCAGGGCGCCGGAGGGAAGGAUCCAGGUCCGGUCGCAGGCCGACCCGCAGCGAGCCGAACGAGUCCCCAGCGGUGGGCUGUCGCGGCCCUCAGCCUCAGGUAACCAUGUGCGACCGAAAGGCGGUGAUAAAAAAUGCGGACAUGUCAGAAGAGAUGCAACAGGAUUCGGUGGAGUGCGCUACUCAGGCGUUGGAGAAAUAUAACAUAGAAAAGGAUAUUGCGGCCCACAUCAAGAAGGAGUUUGACAAGAAGUACAACCCCACCUGGCACUGCAUUGUGGGGAGGAACUUCGGUAGUUAUGUGACACACGAAACCAAACACUUCAUCUACUUCUACCUGGGCCAGGUGGCCAUUCUUCUGUUCAAAUCUGGUUAAAAGCAUGGACUGUGCCACACACCCAGUGAUCCAUCCAAAAAUAAGGACUGCAGCCUAAAUUCCAAAUACCAGAGACUGAAAUCUUUAGCCUUGCUAAGGGAACAGCUUGAUCUUUGAACAUUUAUUGUGUUUUGUACAGGGAAUUCUCUGUACUAGUUUGUUGUGGUUAUAAAACAAUUAGCAAAACAGCUUACAUUUGUAUUUAUUUUCUAUUCCAUACUUCUGUGCCCCAUGUUUUUUUCUCUCAAUCCAUUCCUUUAAAAAAUAAAUCUGUUGGAGAUGUA